AUGAUUCAAAUAAAAAAUGCAAUACUCAAUUAAAAGUUUCAAGUGGCUUAACAUCAAAUUUAAUAUCUCAUCUCUCAAGCAAACAUGGUAUUACACAAGAUGGUCCUGGAUUACCACCUGAUGAAAACAAAUUUAGUAAAUCUGAUUAUGAACAUGUGCCACCUCAUAGGGAGUUUAGUGAAUCUGAUUAUGAACAAGCAUCUACUUACAUAGACGAAGAUGAAGCCAGAGCCGAAGUCAGUAAAUCACCUUCAACACAAUCAGGUGUUAGUAAUAAAACUAACUACUUCAAAAAAAAAGGUGGCAAUGCGACCUGUGAUUUCUGUAACAUGAGUUUAGUAUAUCAUGAUGGUACUAUAUCAAAUCUUAAGAAACAUCUUAAAGCACAUAGAAGUAAAGUACCUGAAUUAAAAAGUCUGAAU